CUCUUAGUGGUAUCUAGAUUUGUAUGUCUAUGUUUCUAAUUCGGUCUAGUUUUUUUUCCUGUUAGCCACAACCCUGCGAAGAGGUAGGUUUGACGCGCAUCCGAAAUCAACCAUGGCACCUUUUGGAUUAAAAGCCGUUGUUGGAGAAAAGAUAAUGAAUGCUGUCAUCAAGAAGGCGAGAGAAAAAGGAAAAUGGAAAGUGCUUGUGGUGGACAAGCUGAGUAUGAGGAUGAUUUCAUCCUGCUGCAAGAUGACAGACAUCAUGUCAGAGGGAAUCACCAUUGUAGAGGACAUAUCCAAGAGACGGGAGCCUCUGCCCAGCAUGGAGGCCAUCUAUCUCAUAACGCCCUCUGACGAGUCCGUUGAGGGUCUGAUUGAUGACUUCAGAGAUCCACGGUCACCGAGGUAUAGGGCAGCCCAUGUCUUCUUCACCGACACAAUUCCAGACUCCAUGUUUGGUCUCUUGACCAAUUCUCGCGCCUCCAAAGCCAUGAAGGCCUUGACUGAAAUCCAUGUAGCCUUUCUGCCCUAUGAAUCUCAGGUCUUCUCGCUGGAUAAAGUAGACGCCUUUCAGGACUUCUACAGCCCCUUCAAAGCUGAUGUGAAGAACAACAUGCUGGAAGGUUGCGCUGAACAAAUUGCAACCCUCUGUGCCACUCUCAAAGAAUACCCUGGAAUUCGAUACAGAGGAGAGUACAAAGACUGCGCUGUUCUGGCCCAAAUGCUACAGGACAAGCUGGAUGGCUACAAGGCUGAUGACCCAAGCAUGGGGGAGGGACCGGAUAAGUGCCGGAGUCAACUAAUCAUCCUGGACCGAGGAUUUGAUCCUGUGUCACCUCUUCUACAUGAGCUCACUCUUCAGGCAAUGGCCUACGACCUGUUAGGCAUUGAGAAUGAUGUCUACAGGUUUGAGACCAGUGGAAUGGGGGAGACUCGGACAAAAGAUGUGUUGCUGGAUGAGGAUGAUGACCUGUGGUUGACUCUGAGACAUAAACACAUUGCUGAAGUUUCAACGGCUGUGACUCGCUCUCUGAAAGAAUUUUCUGCCAGCAAAAAAAUGAACACAGGGGAAAAGACCACAAUGAAGGAACUGUCUCAGAUGCUGAAGAAAAUGCCUCAGUAUCAAAAGGAGCUAAGCAAAUAUUCAACCCACCUUCACCUGGCUGAAGAUUGUAUGAACCGCUACCAGGGCACGGUUGACAAACUCUGCCGUGUGGAGCAGGAUCUUGCAAUGGGUACCGAUGCAGAGGGCGAGAAAAUAAAAGAUCCCAUGAGGCUUAUUGUACCAAUCUUACUGGAUACCAAUGUCAGUGUCUCUGACAAGAUUCGCAUCAUUCUGCUUUACAUCUUCCUCAAGAAUGGUGUGACCGAGGAAAACUUAUGUAAGUUGCUACAGCAUGCCAGCAUCCCACCGGAAGACAGUGACAUCAUUUCCAACAUGGCACACAUGGGUGUGCCGAUCAUCUCUGAGGUCACUGCCAAGAAAACCAAAAAGCCUGACCGGAAGGAGCGAAUUAGUGAGCAUACCUACCAACUCUCGAGAUGGACACCUCUCGUAAAGGAUCUCAUCGAGGAUGCCAUUGAGGAUAAACUUGACGUGAAGCAAUACCCAUACAUUUCCCAGAGACAAGCAUCUGCCAAAGCCAGCGCUCCGUCAAGCAGUGCCCGCUAUGGUAACUGGCACAAAAACAGGGGCCCUACAGAGGUGAAGACGGGUCCGAGGGUCAUUGUCUUCAUUAUUGGAGGCAUGACCUACAGUGAGAUGCGCUGUGUGUAUGAGGUCACCCAAGCCAAUGGCAAAUGGGAGGCACUCAUUGGUGCCACCCACAUCCUGACGCCUCCCAAAUACCUGAAAGAACUGCAGCACCCAGAUUUCCUGGACCCCAAUGCACCACCUGAGGCCACAGAUGAGCAGUCAGCACAGUGAUAAACGGGGGUGAAAGCCCUCUCGUUGGUGGAUUGUUUUAUUGACAUUUCUACAUGCAACACACAUCUAGUGUUUAUAUUUGUUAUUCUUGUUCUUCUCUGGGCAUACAGUAGUCUGGUACUGUAGAUUCAAAUGUGAGAUCAUCUUUCAAACAGCUAUGGGUUGAUUGGAAUCAUCUUUAUUGGCCAAAUAUGUAGAACACACAAGGAAUUUGUCUCCGGUAGUUUAGGCUGCAGCACCAGUUUUGCAAAAACAAGCAACUACGAAAAACAAGGACAUAACAUAUAAGUUUCGAAAGAGUUUCCGUCAUGUAAGGGUGCAGUAGUACCACCCAAUGACAGCUGUGUGACAAUGUGCAUAGUCAUCGAGUAGAGGUGAAGUGAUCAGUGGAGCAAUACAAUACUCUGAUAGUUGUGCAUUUUGAAGUGACCAGUAGCAGUAAUUGUAGGAUCACUUUAGGUGUGCAAUUAUACAGGAAGUCCUUGAGCGCUUUAGAGUGUCUGGUGCUGUGGAAUAUUGAUCAACGACAAUUGUUCAAGUAUGUAGAGAACUGGAUGUACAAUGAUCAGUGUGGUAAUACUGUUCCAGGGGGUUGUGCAAAAAUGCAAAGAGACACUACAGAUUUGAAUUACUGUUUAGUGUCAAUGGCGAGAGGGAAGAAGCUAGUUGAAUGUCUCCUGGUUUUGGUGCACAUGGUUCGAUCGUACUUACCCGAAGGGAGCACCUGGAAGCAGUGGUGGGCAGGAUGUGGGGGGUCCUGUAGGAUUUUUCCGUUGUCGUGGUUCUUGUUGUUUGUAAGUCCUCAAGAGUGGGUAGGUGAUCAAAUCCAGAAUGUUUGACGGUUUUCCAAGAUGUUGUUGGCCAGCACAGACUUAAAUCUGCCUGAAAUGCUGUGUCAGACCCUUUAGAGAGCCGCACAAGAGCAAAUGCCUGCAAACAAUGGGCACUUGGUUCAUAUUGAAACUACCGUGGUUCUUAAAGCUGCUUCAAGCACCGAAGCAGCCCUUAAAAAAAAAACACUCCCAAAAUUUUAGAGAUAGAGUAUACUCUACUUUUCACCUGUGCGUUGUUUUUUAACAAGCUAGACAAUUGGAUAAAAACAUACAGUAAAAAAUAGAUUUUAAUGAGAAAAAUAGAUUUUUCCCCUUUUUGCUUUAAAACAAUGGUUUGAUUCAGCUCGCUCAUUCCACCCUGCUUUGGAGCUCCGAGCAGCGAGCCGUAGUGGUGCCUAAUUGCUUUCCAGUCUUGUAGAGCGAACGUAGAAGUGUACUGUAGCGGGCUUUAAUCAGGAUAUGUGACAAAUUCCUUCCCUUCCACUCAACACCAACACAUUAACAUUAAUAGGCUGCUUUUUGUUAGCUGCAUUUACUCUUUGAUCAAGUUGCUAGAUCGGAGUUGCUAGAUCGGAAUUGCUGAUAUUUAUUUGAGGUUUCAGGAUCAACUGAAAUGAUCACCCUUUGCUCAUUUUAAAAACUUCCAAAAGACUUGAGGAACAAAGAAAACACUGCAAACAAUUUCACGUAGCGCCCCAAAGCACACAAACAGAUGGUCUGCCUGCCUACACUCUCCCCACACAGGAUGAUUCUUCAAAUACAAUAUUUUGUAUAAGGCACUUGAAAACGUUUUUUUCCUGUGUCAAAAGUAUUGUAAAUUGUGUUUGGUCAAUGUUAUGAGCAAGACUAUUUUUGGAAGAUCUUCUUUAUUGUGCAGUGUGUUUAUUUCUUAUGUGAAAUAGUUUCGAUGUAGGAAUGAAGUUCAAUUGACACGGAUUUCCUCCAUUUUAUCAUCUAAUGAUUUAUGCAAUCACAUGUACCGUAUUGGCCCGAAUAUUAGACGACCCCCUCUUUUUCAAGACUCAAGUAUGAAAAAAUACUUUUUGAACACCAAAUACAUUUUUAUACAGAAAAGAGCAUGUUAUUUUAAUAAUAAUAAUAAUGCAUUUUAUUUAAAAGCGCCUUUCAUGCCACCCAAGGACACUGUACAAACAAUAAGAAAAUACAAUGUAAAAAUUUGUAAACGAGAUGUUAUAUAAAAACAGGACAUAAAAUCAUAAAAACAUAGGAAAUGGAAGAGUUAUGUGUUGUAGGCAAUUCUGAACAGGUGUGUUUUUAGUCGGGACUUGAAAGUGGAAAGAGGUGUGCAGUUUUGGAGGUCCGGAGGUAGGUUGUUCCAGAGCUUUGGAGCAGCGUGACUGAAGGCUCUGGCUCCCAUGGUGAUCAGUCGGGCAGGGGGCACUGACAGGCGGAGGGAGGACGAGGAUCUGAGGGAGCGAGAGGGGAUAUGCACCUGGAGAAGGUCAGAUAGGUAAGGAGGGGCCAGGUUGUGGAUGGCCAUAUAUGUAUAUAGAAGCAGUUUGUAGUUGAUUCGAUGUUGAACAGGGAGCCAGUGGAGCUGUUGGAGAACGGGGGUGAUGUGGUGGUGGGAAGAUGUUUUUGUGAUGAUACGAGCAGAGGCGUUCUGAACCAGCUGGAUUUUAUGAAGGGACUUUUGAGGUAGACCGAAGAAGAGAGCGUUGCAGUAAUCAAGGCGGGAUGUGACAAGACUGUGGACAAGGAUAGCAGUGGUGCGGGGGGGUGAGGGAAGGGCGAAGUCUGGUAAUAUUGCGGAGGUGGAAAUAAGCAGUGCGGGUGAUGGUGUUGAUAUGUGAAUGGAAGGUGAGCAUACUAUCCAGGAUGACACCCAGACUCUUAACCUGGGGGGAGGGGGACACGAGGGAACUGUCAAUGUUGCAGGAAAAACUGUUUACUUUGGAUAAAGUGGAUUUGGUGCCAAGAAGGAGGACUUCAGUUUUAUUAGCAUUUAAUUUAAGAAAGUUUGUUGUGAACCAUGUUUUGAGUUCGGAGAGGCAAGAGGUGAGGGAGGCGGGUGGGAGUAUGGAGUUUGGCUUGCAGGAGAGGUAGAGCUGGGUGUCAUCAGCAAAGCAGUGAAAGUGGAUGUUAAAUUUGCGGAGGAUAUGGCCAAGAGGCAGGAGGUAGAUGAUGAAGAGAAGUGGACCUAGGACAGAUCCCUGUGGUACACCUGUGGUGACUGGGGAGGCCUUUGAGGUGAAUGAUUUGAGCUGGACAAACUGUGUGCGGCCAGUGAGGUAGGAGUGGAACCAACUGAGGGGAGUGUGGGAGAGACCAAUGGAGGAGAGUCUAUUGAGGAGGAUAGGGUGAGAGAUUGUGUCAAAGGCAGCGCUCAAGUCUAAGAGGAUGAGGAUGGAGACUAAACCGGAGUCAGAUGCUAUGAGGAGAUCAUUUACAAUACGGAUUAGGGCAGUCUCUGUGCUGUGGUGGGGGCGGAAACCGGACUGAAAGGGUUCAUAGAGAGAGUGAAGGGACAGGUGGGAGUGGAGUUGAGCAGCAACAGUUUUUUCAAGGAUUUUUGAGAUAAAUGGAAGGUUGGAGAUGGGGCGGAGGUUAUCAAAGUUGUUGGGGUCAGAGCCAUGUUUUUUCAGUGUGGGGGUAAUAGCAGCGGUUUUGAGGAGUGAUGGGACAAUACCAGAAGAGAGUGAGGAGUGGAUAAUAGCAGAUAUGUGAGGAAGCACAGAAGGAAGGCAGGAUUUAACAAGGGAUGAAGGGAGGGGAUCAAGCUGGCAAGUGGUGGGCUUGGAUUUGAGUAUGAGGUCGGAUAAUUCAGCAGUCGUUGGCAGAACAAAACUGGAGAAAAAAUGACAAGGAGAAUAAGUUUCAGAUGGGGUGUGGGGCAGGCAGGUUGUGAUGGAGUUGGUGAUGGAUCUUGAGGAUUUUGUGGUUGAAGUGUUCCAUUAUGGAGUUGCAGGUUGCUGUGGAGUACAGGUGGAGGGGGAGAGAGUUUGGUGGCCGGAGGAUUUUGUUCAUGACGGAGAAGAGAGAUCUUGAAUUUCCUUCGUUGGAGAGGAUGAGGCCAGAGUAGUAGCUGGAUUUGGUUUGUGCAAUUUGGUCCUUGUAUUUAGUGAUAUGGGUAGUGUACAUGUCCUUAUGGAUGGUGAGACCGGUUUUCUUAUAGAGUCGCUUAAGUUGGCGGUUUUUUGAUUUCAAUGAAGGAAGAGCGGGUGUAAACCAGGGGGCAGAUGUAGAGAAUGAAGCAGUCCUGGUCUUCAGGGGGGCGAGAGAAUUUAGAGUAUUUGUGAGGCAGGAGUUGUAGUGGGCGGUGAGGUCAUCCGGGUUUGAAAGGGCAUCUGGAGGCGGGGAACGGUCGAUCAUGGAGCAGAAGGUGUCAAUGUUGAUAUUUUUGAUAUUACGAAAAGAAAUGAGGCGGGAGGUUUUGAUCGUAGAGAGACGGAGUACGGUGUUAAAAGUGAGGAGAAAAUGAUCGGUUACAGGAAAAACAUCAGCAGUGGGCUUGGAGGGCGAGAGGCCGGAGCAGCAAACCAAGUCCAAUGUGUGGCCUUUGAUGUGGGUGGGGAAGUCAGUGAGACAGUGUAUCGUGAGACUCUCCAGGUAGGAUGUGAAGUCUCUUGUGAGUGGCAGGUCGGGGUUGUCCAUGUGAAUAUUUAAAUCUCCCAGCAAAAAUAAAUUUGGCGAGAGAGUGGAUAAGUGUGUGAUUAAACUGGAAAAUUCAUUGAUGAAAUCACUAUGCGGCUUUGGGGGGCGGUAAACUGUGGCAAUGAUGGUUGGCGUGGGUCCAGGGAGUUUAAACACCAUGCAUUCAAAAGAGCUUGAUGCAGGAACGGAGACUGGUAAGACUUUCCACUUCUCGCGGUGGAUUACCGCGAGCCCUCCUCCACGGCCAUUGCCGCGGGGGCGGCAGAUGUAAACAAAGCCGGGAGGAGUGGAGUCAUUCAGAGCAGCGAACUCGUUUGUUUGUUGCCAGGUUUCUGUUAAAACGAGGAAGUCAAGUUUGCGUUCGGCGAGUACAUCUUGAAUGAGGUGUCCCUUGUUCGUAAGUGAGCGGAUGUUCAGCAGUCCAAAGUUGACAACGGAGGUGUCGUGUUUGACGGCGGCAGUGCCGUUAGCCGACCUAGCCAGGCGGGCUACUGCAUAGUCGGUGGUGUUGCGGCCGCGGUUCCUGGGAGGACGUCGAGAAGUGGACCAGGUCGAGUUGAUUGAGCCAGCAUUUUUGCAGUCAACAUGUCUACGCGACCCGCGGUGAAUGUAGCGACGUCGAGGCAGGCGAGCGAUGUCAAGAUGUCAAGAUGCAGUUCCGGCGGUGGAGGCUCCGGUGCAAUCCUCCGGAUCCGGAGAAGAUCCGCGACAGAAUAACGGAGUAGUCCUGUCGCUGAAUGAUGGCAGAACGUCAGGAGUAUCAGAAAUAACCCAAAGGCGGCGAAGUUGUGCCGCGCCAUGACGAGGGAGAAAUGCCGGUGCGGUGACAGCCGGUAAGUUUAAGCUAGCGGCGUUAGCCCAUGGACUAAGUUACGAUUUGGGUUUGGUUGACCAGGUGAAGCUAUGAUUUGCUACAUCAAUCACAGUCCAAACAGUCCAAAAACAGAAGGGCAAGGAAAAAUCAGAAGAAAUAUCUGUGCUUUGUAAAGAUUGGAAGCGUUUUGGAAUGAGAAGCGGCGACAUGCACGCCAGCGUCCUCUCACCCCGGAAGUAUUUUUGCCUAAUUCAAAUCUAAAGUGUAAUCACAUUCGUAAAUGAAUGGCUUCUGGUUUUUGAACAUAACUUCUCAGGUGCCGGUUAACCUGUCCGAUCUUCGACCCACUUUUCUCCACAUUGUCACCAUGUUUCUCCAUUUUCUGUUAUCUCUUCUAUUAUAUUCUUUUCUUUCUUACAUUCGCUUCAAUCAUAUCUGGCGCCAUCUAGCGUCGUGAAUGGGUAUAAUGUCGACCUCGAAUACUGUAUAAAAAUAAAAAAUAAAAUAAUAAUAAUAAUACAUUUUAUUUAAAAGCGCCUUUCAUGGAACCCAAGGACACCGUAUAGACAAUAAGGGAAUACAAUGUAAAAUAGAGAAAUAUAUAAAAACAGGACAUAAAAUCACAAAAACAUAGGAAACAGAAGAAUUAUGUGUUGUAGGCAGUCCUGAACAGGUGUUUUUAGACGGGACUUGAAAGUGGAGAGAGGUGUGCAGUUUUGGAGGUCCGGUUGAUUGUUCCAGAGCUUUGGAGCAGCGCGACUGAAGGCUCUGGCUCCCAUGGUGCUCAGGCGGGCAGGGGGCACUGAUGGGCGGAGGGAGGACGAGGAUCUGAGGGAGCGAGUGGGGGUAUGCACCUGGAGAAGGUUGGACAGGUAAGGAGAGGCCAGGUUGUGGAUAGCCAUAUAUGUAUAUACGAGCAGUUUCUAUGCGGUAUUGGAAUAUAAGACAAUCCCCACUUUCUCAGUCUUGUUUCAAUGCAAAAACCACCGUCUUAAAUUCGGGCUAAUACGGUACUCUGUUGAGGGAAAAAAAUACAGAUGAACAAUUCUUCUAGAGGUAAAGCUUGAGUUGACAUUAUACUGAGAACAACAGGAACAUUUGACAGUUUGAACAUGAACCUGAAAAACAUUUCAGUAAAAUGUUAUGUUGCUUGAAAACCCAUGUUUGGCACAUUUGGCUGGGCAGUGUGUAUUUUCUAACACUGAUACUAACGACUGCUGAUAUUUAUUUGACAAAUUUUGAGAACGUUUGUGUAGGGCUUUGUUUGUCCACUGAUAUGGUGUAUCCCUUGAUUUUCUCUGUGUUUGGCUGUUUCCUUGGAAUACGAUUUAGUGCUUUAUGUAGUGCUUCUGAUAGAAUUGUCAAUACUGUCUGUUCAUUCUUGAUGUAGAUACAAAAGUACCUGAUGAAAAAUUGAGUUGACGAAAAAAUUGUGUCAUAAAAUGAAUAUUAUUUGAUGUGCAUAUAAAAUGUGACCUGCUGUGUAUGAACCGACAAAGGUUUUUAGGUGAACCGUGUGAAUUAAAUACUGGAAACUGU